GCUCCUUCGUAGCAGUUGAAAGCUCGCCUUCGAAGAGUGCAUAAACAGCGUAGUAAAGUCGUAGAUCAAGGAAGUAAAAUGUAAUAAAAAUCAGGAAGAUUGCCAUCAAUCUUAGUUGUUAUUUUGAAGAAUGACGAAAUAACGGAUACUGGAUGGAGAAUCUCCCUUUGUUUUGAAAGGGAUCAGGGUGUAAACAGGCAGGAGAGUUACCAACAAGAAUGACAUUUUUUAGUCGGCCUAAGUGACAUAAAACCUGAAAGCUCACUGAUCGCUUUCUGGAAGCAGAAUUUUAGCAACUGUGCAAGAGAUCAGAAGAGAUGGGAACUAGCGAAAUUCUGAAUGACUUAGCAGGUUACCUGCUUGUGAAGCAUCAUUACAAAGGGAUAAAAAAGCUGAUCCCCUCCAGAAAAAGAUACUGGUGUGUUUUUGAUGAAAGUUCUAAACAGCUCCAGCUCUUUAAAUCAUCAAAAGAUGCCUUUGUCAAGAUGCCAUCAGGAAUUCUCGAUUUGCAUGGUGCUCACUUUUAUUAUGAAAAUGCAGAAUUAUUCAACUUUGUCAUAAACAUAUCCGGAAAAGAGCACCAUUUUAAAGCUGACAAUCAUGAUGUAAUGAUGGACUGGUUGCGAGGAUUAAGGGAAAAGGUCUAUCCAGAUAAAGAUAUACAAACGACGUUACUAGAAAAACGCACAAAAUCGUUGGAUUUCAAUACAAUCGAUGAUGACGAGGCCCUUUUCCAAAAACCUGUGCAGUUAAGCAUGUCUUUGAGUGACUUGAACGAGUCUCCAAGACGCCGUCAUCGCCGAAAGCGUCGUGUCUUUCUACCCUGGAGUUUUCGAUGGUCCAGUAACAGCUCUUCCAACGUGAGAGAUAAGGAAGAUGUCGACAUUUCUGCAAAUGAAAAUAAAAUUCCGAAUUCACAGUCAUCAGGAGACUUUUCCUCAAACAGCUUUUCCGUUCCGUCAGCUCGUGACUCAAGUGCUUCAACCAAAAAGUGGAAAUGCAAAUCAUGUGCAGCCUUGUCCUCAAAUAAUGAAUGUCUUGGCGACGAAGUUGAAAAGUUGACAGAGAGAAUUCGGGCUUUAGAAGAAACUGCUGCAAAGAGCGAAAUUCUUAUACAAACAUUGAAGAUUGAAAAUCUUGCCUUAAAAAAGGAUCUUGUUAUUGUCACCCAAGAAAUUGUCACUCAAGAGGAAGAGACUGACGCCAAUCUUGAAUAUAACAGGCAUUGCAACAAAGUUCUACAUAUGUUGGAAGCUGCCAGAGCUAUCAGUCAAGAUCUACCUGACUUUAAGAGCUCGAUUUCCACAGUCUACACGGACAAGUUAGGAUUCAUUCAUGGAGAAAGGGAAAGUCCCGUACAGGCCUUUCAUUUUUGUUGUGAUCAACUCAAGGAACACUAUACUAAGGAAUCAAAGGGAGUGGAUUUAGAAAUAAAAUGGAAGGAGUUUAUGGAAACGGCGAGUGAUACUGACUGGGAUUAUAAUAAAGAGUUGAUGAAGUUGGUAUUGGAUGGAGUACCCUCGGGUCGUCGCCCUGAGUUAUGGAAAAGGUUGAUAUCAAGAAAAGUCAAAUCGGUUAAGGAAGCAAAGGGAAAAGACUACUACAAGGAGCUCUGCAGACUUGUACCAAGCAUCGAGGACACUGAAAAUGAAUUUGAUGAUUCAAUUGAAAAACAAAUUCGCAUCGAUCUUUUGCGGACAAUGCCGUCACAUGUCGACUUCAAAACGCUUGAAUCAGAAGGGAUCGAGAAGCUGUUCCGAGUGCUGAGAGCGUUUCUUUUGCACAAUCCAGAGAUUGGAUAUUGCCAGGGUAUGAACUUCAUGGUUGCGAUGGGCUUACUUAACCUCUCUGAAGAGGAUGCUUUCUGGCUUUUGGUCGCUAUUACUGAGGUUUAUUUCAACAAGAAGCAUUACAACCAUUAUUUGACUGGAUCUCAAGCAGACCAGAAAGUUCUCGAAGACCUAGCUGCGAAAAGGUUGCCUAAUAUAAUGCAGUUCACGAAAGAAAACGGCUGUGAUAUUUCUCCUGUCACGUUCAAUUGGCUUAUGACUUUGUUUAUUGACUCAGUUCCUCCAGAGGUUGCACAACGGAUAUGGGACUGCUUCUUUGUUGAGGGUCAUACGGUUUUGUAUCGCUUCUCGCUGGCACUUUUGAAGCUGAAUGAGGGUGGCAUUUGCGCCAAGACAGACAUGCUGGCACAAAUGCGGUAUCUUAAGAAGAUUGGGCGCCAGAUUCAUGAUGUCGAGGCCCUUUCGCAGCUCGCCUAUGAAGGCUUUGAGCCAUUUCCGAGUAGUGAAGUUUUGGUGAAGAUGUAUGAAAAGCAUUUCAGUGUGAUUCAAGAAGCGCACGAACAAAGAGAAAAGCAAGACAAAGAGUAUGAAAGAAAAAGACACCAUAUGCGCACACAACCGAAGGCGAUUAAUAUCAAUCUUGGCGAAGCAUUGGAUAACAUACCUCAAGAUUUCAUGAUUGAAUGCAGUGCUACGGAAGCCAAUGCGAACAAGGUUUGGCUUUGCUGUUCUACGCACAAUGUCGGAAAGUUGUUCGUUCUUGAUACUGUGGACAGGUCACUGGAUGCGAUUAAAGGAGAUAUCAAAUCAAGAUGCCUUUGUUUGACGCGAUCGAAAUUUUCAAACACGAUGAUUGUUGGCACUGCAGAUGCUUCACUUCAUGGCUUCGACAUUGAAACUAGGAAAGAAAUAUGGUCCCUGCCGGUAGAUGAUUCUGUAUCGAGCAUUUCAUGUGACGAAUCUGGCGUUAUUUUCUCAACUUUGGCAAGUGGAUCUAUUGCUGUAGCACAGCAAGAUGGCGAAGUUGCCCAGCCAAGUAAGCCUGUAUACAUGCAUAUUGGCAGUGCCCCAGUUGUCUGUGGAUGCAUUUGUGGCAGCUAUUUUUGGUGUGGCUGUGGUAAUAAUAUUGUCAUCCUUGAUAUUAAUACACUCGAUGAAGUUGAGUCGAUUCAGGUGUGCCCAAACUUACGCCAUAGCAUUGCAAAACUGAUUGACAGUGACAUCGGGGUGUGGUGUUCGGUGCGAGGGUCAUCAGUUUUACAGCUGUUUGACAAGAAAACAUUUAUGUGUAUUAUGACAACUGACGUUAUGGAUGAAAGUGGGUUAGCAUCAGAAAAGAUUUCACAUCUAAGUAGCACGAGAAUCACUGCGGUUUUACCGCGGAAAAACGAGGUUUGGGUUGGACUUGGCAACGGACGAUUUUUGAUAUUCGAGGUGAAAAAGGCCCAAAGCCACUUGCUGAAUCUUCUGAUGGCCCUAUUUCUGAUUUGGUCGAAACCAAGCUGGUAGAAGAUUUUGAAGAGGAUGAAGCGAGAGAAAGAGCUAUUAGCCAGCCGAUGGCCAUUGCAGAAGCCGCUCCGCCAUGUUGUCAUGUCACUCUUGUGAAGAAAAGUAUAAACAGUGCUUCUUCGUUCAGUCUUGGUGAUUCAGGAUUUGUCUUCGUUUCUCGCUUGUCAGGAUCGAGUGAUCAGUUGGAUGCUUGUGAUAAAUUUCACAUUGUGUUGAAGCAGUUGCAGCGGGUCUCUGAAGAUGCUGUUCGUUGUUUGGUUUGUGUACGAAAUGAUUAUAAGCAGAUAUUGAGCUGCGUCGGAGCAAUCAACGAUGAAAUGUCAACCGUUCUGUGGUCUUGCGAACGUCGUCAGGGAAAAGAAAUGUGGUAUGCACAGACAGUAACAUAUGGCAGCGCUAAGGAAUCAGAGUACACCAGUUUAAAGAAAUUAAAGAGCUAGCCUUAGUAACGAUUUGUCUUGGUUGGGACUUGCUGCCAGUUUUUACUUCCUAUGUGACUGCUUCUUUGGAUCAUACCAGCAAGCAUUCAUGGAGUGUAAUGGCGUUGCUGCACAUUACAUAAUUUUGAGCACUUGAAUUCUUGAAUUCACCUGAGCACUUUUAAGUACUAUGUAGGUACUCAUUUGUUCCGUUGUAUGGAAUUAGAAAUAUAUAAAAUCUACUUAAGCCAUAUUUUUUCCAAUAGACGCGUUUAUUCAACUUUUAAUUAAUUCAAUGUAUGGCGUUUGCAAGAGGGAGGCGUUUAUUUGAGACUCGGCUUUUACUAGAGGAAAUACUUCACCUUCCAUUAUUUCAAUUUGGGCUUCAGCCUUGCAACAACAUGCUCAAGUUUGUUAACUAAAGCCCCUUAUUGCCGCUUUAGAGCCCUUGCUACCUCGAAUUCUUUUGGAAAUUCAGCUAAUUGGAAAGAGACUACAAUUGAGUCCAAACGAUUCUCUGAAUUCGUUUCACCUGUCCUUAGGAUAUCUGUAUUAAGUGAUUGAAAAUACAAAAUUAAACGGCUUGAGAUUUUGGCAAAUGGCUGCGUGCCCAGUGCGAUCAACAGACAGGUGUUUUUGCCUUAUAGCCCCGUGCAUUUGGUGGCUUAUUCGUAGCUCAACUCUGCCUCUAUCUAAUGGUCUUAUUAAGCCUUUCCUUUCACAGUUUCUUUUAUUCAAGCACUAAUCUAAAAGAAAGCGAUAUUCCUGCAGUGUUUUCAAAAUUCAUUGCUUUAUUGAAAUUAUAGCCUUUUUUCGACGAUGUUUCCGUAGUGCUUGGCCCGUUAGUAAUUAAGCAAAUAUAAUCCUAAUUUUUAUUAAUGUAGCUAAGAAGAAAAUAUACACCGACCAAUGUAGUUUUAUGUUAUGCAAUAUGUAAUUUGGCUUAAAAAUAAGUUUAAAAAUUUCCAUUCUAGACAGUUGCACAGUUAAGGUAAUGUUUUGGCCGUCCUUGCGCUUCCUUCCAUGAUACAAAUUUUUGGGCAUUUGGGUGAUUUUAUUCCUCUGUAAGCAAAAAAACCAGUUUAGUUGCUUAUAUGGUUUGUUUCAUUCUCGUGAAAUUUUAAAUAACUACAGAAGCUAUUACUAGAUAGCAAAACUAGAUACCCUCAGAGCCUGAUUAUGUAAGACUUUUUCAGUCCGGGAAAAAUUUAACGGAGGUGAUUUUUUUAUCUUGAAGAGCAGAUUUUAGGCCAGGUCAAUUGGAUAACUAGUGCAGAGGCGUCGGAGCGUCUCUAGAUCGUAGGUACCCGUUAAACCAAAACUUUAGUGCACUCUGUGUUGUUUAGGUUUGGCGUGUAUUUUCUAAAAGGGAUAAUGGCGUAGACCCUCUUCUUAAUCUUUCAAUUUAAAUUACUUUAAUCUUCUGUGUAGAAAAUUGACAUCCCUUUUCUAAAUCCCAGCUGAACGUGAAUUUGAUGUAACUAUGUUUCCACUGAAAUCGUCAAAGCACGCAUAUUCAGCUUUUUCAUGCUGCUAUUUUACAGCAAGUUGCAGUUGCGCGAGAAAUUACGAGUGAACGUGUUGAAUUUUUCUCGCGUAAUUGAAGCUUGAUUUUACAAAGCGUUGACAAAAUUGUUCAACAUAGCGGUUCACCUUGAUAAACCGGGCUUAAAGUUUUUCUGGGUUGAAAACUCUUAUUUAGUCGGGUCCUCUAUUAUAAAAUACAAAUGUAGCAGUGUAAAUUCGAGUUUUGUAUUCGUAAAUGUCAUUGUAUUGUUUUUAAUGUUUUAUACUACUCGUAUGUUUUAAGAUAUGAUAUAUAGUUUAUAUAAAUAUAUAUCUUCUUUAGCUAAUUCUUGAUACUUGAUACUAAUACUUGAGAGUUGAAAACCAUGUUGUUUAUCAGCUCACUGAUCAAGACCAGUUCUUUCAGAAAGUUAAGAUUUGAGGACAACCUAUAUUAUCACAAAAUACAAAAUGGAAUCACGUAAUUAGUUGUGAGACUGAAGAAUUGUUUAAUUUAAAGGAAAGCUGGUGUUGCAAA